AAAACAAGAGACAGGCAGUGGUUGUUGAGAGGUUUAAGUGGAUCUCAUCUCGCUCUGAAGACCAAGGAAGACCGAGUGAGAAUCUCUAGGAGAGGACGGGAAAUGGGCAAAGAGAAACCUAACGAAAUGGACGGCAACAAUUAUCGAGUUUGCCUCCCAGGCGGCGCAAGGGCGGCAUUUUUACAUACAGCUACACGCACCACACAGUCGUGGCAGUACUCCGUCCACAGCAUGGAAGUGUUGGACCACCACCUCUCCCGCCCUUUCCCGGAUGAUGGAUCGAUGCAACCCCAGCGCCAGAAUGUCCGCCGAAAAUCGCAGGGACCGCCAUUUUUACAUACACCUAGGUGCUGCAUUGUUGUGCUCAUCAACAUCACCUUCACAGAUUCCAACAUGGUCCAUCGACAUAGUGCAGGUGCACCACAGCCGAACGGGAAAGGGCGGAAGACAGACUGCUGGCUGCUGGAUGGAGCUUGGGGAACGUUGCCGGUGCGGUGCGAAGCGGUACGGCGCAUCAUCCUCGUCGCUUCGUCGCUUACACCGGCUGUGGUCUUCCAAUGCUUCCUUCCAGACGAUUCUCCAUUCUCGUGGGUUGGGGUUGCCUAUCCGUACCUUACCUUACCUUGGGAAAUUGGGGGUGGUCUGUUUCUGUUUCUGUCUGUCCCCCGUAUCCGAUCGAGAUCAGGAUCAGGCCCCUUGCCCAAAACGAACCGAGAGAAGGAAAGAAAGAAAACAAAAAAAAAAAAAGCCGUUGUUUAUCCACCGGCAGCCAGCGGGAGACUGAGAGUCGCGUUUCCAGUACUACCGAUUCGGGCGCACUCGAGCGCCGCGGGAUGA